GCAGGUUGGCGAAGAUGCGAAGGGAAACCGAGCAUCAGAUGAAGGUCCACUUGUUCUACCAGCAGCUCCUGAGCGAAUCUGUGUGGGGGCCACUGGACCUGCUCAGUCUGGUGGCAGCAAGCGUCUCGAACCCAUCUGACACAAUCUUCUGGAAGGCAGCCCUCUUGUUGCCAAGUGAUCAUGAAAGAGAUGCCAGUGUUGCUAACCAGAUUUUGACAGAAUGGCUGGAGUCCAAAUUCGGUAACUCGGAGAAGCAAGAACACAGGGAGAUGGUCCCCAACGGACACAUGCAAACCUUGAGCAUCAGCAGCGGCCUGCGGAGCGUGGGGGAGCGCAUGCACACAGUGCACGUGUGUGUGAAGGUGGCCCGCGGGCCCCUCAGCGAGGAAGGCCAGUUGGCAUUGGAGAAGCGGAAGGGGCUGAUGGGCAUGGGCGCCCUGCUGAUGCUGCUGCCCUCGGCAGUCAGUCCCGGGGCUGAUGAGGAAGACGGGGACAUCUUCCUGUUAUCCGCCCUGCUGCAACUCCGGCAGAUCCAGCAGGCUAAUGCCUGGCCACAGGCCCUUCCUCUGGUGGUGGUGGUCCCAGGGCAGGCUGGGCACAGGGCCAGCGAUGAACGGCUAGAGGAAGACCUGAUGCUUCAGACACUCAUUGAGGAAGGUUUGAUUUCAGAGUACAUGUUCGUCCAUAUCCCCGAGACCACGAACGAACCCCAAGGAUCCGAGCAGAUCCGCCAUGCCGUCAGGUGGCUCUCUGCCCGCUCCACGGCACCAGCCCGGCUCGUCUCGCAGACGUUGGUGCAGGUUGUGGAGGCCGGGCUCUGCCGCGAGUUUGCUGGUAGGCUUCACCGUGAUCGGAGGGACCGUGACAUGGCGGGACUGCCCUCCCAGGGCCCUGCACCCGUCAUCGGCCUCUACAACACUGUCCUGGCUUUCUUGGCUGGCCUUGUGUCGUCCCCGAGUCUGGCUGGCCUCUCCUGGCCCGUGGCAGAGUUCUCGGUGCUAGGGGGUGGUGACUGCCUACCACAUCUGCUCUGGAACUCGGCUGAGCACCUGGAGUGGCUCCAGGGGGCAGUCCUGAGCCUGCGGCUGCCCGACUGGCCGCUGCCAGCCGUGGGGGCUCCUUGGAGCCAGCUGGUUGCCUCCAUCUUCCAGUACGUAUCUCAAAUCCCAUGGUCCCGCCACAGCCAGCCACUCCUUAUGUCCCAGUUGGAGAACCUUUUGGAGAGGCUGCGUCAGGACUGUGUGGGCCGAGGUGGGGGGCCGGACAAGGAGCCCACUUUCUGGGAGGUGCCCUGGGACGAAAUUGUCAUGCUCUGUGUAGAGCACCAACUCCGGGACUGGAACCCUCCUGGGUGCCCCGUGAGUGAAGAUGUCAUCAGUGACGACGGAGAAAUCUCGGUGUAUUUCCUGAGCGAUGGGCUGCAGGGCUUCAUACCGCCGUCCUGCUGGGUGGAUGCCGUAAAGCAGACGCACAGGGACAAGCAGCAGGGGAAGGCAGGGUGUCACCAGAGCAUGUGGCCUCAUCCUCGACUGGCCAGGCCACGUCUUCAACAGAAGCUGUUUCACAGCAUGGUUGAGGACCCUGAGUCCGGAUCCGGUGUUGCCCCUGUUUUGGAUGCUGCCUCCAGCCCCCAGGACCUCCUGGCUCGCAUUGAGGAGGAGAAAGAACAGAGCCGCAGGUUCGAGGACCAGCUGCGUACCUGGCUUGACGUCGAGUCCCUGGGCCCUUCCUCUUCCUCCUCACCACUUUUCUUGCCUUCUUCGUUACUGUCUGUACCGGAGAUCGUAGUGCCCUCCCCAAAGAUGGCUGCCCCACCUGCACUUGCCCUGCAGAAGGAGCGCAGUGUCCUCAGUGACCAGGCCAGGGGAGCUGCCAGUUCUAUGGCGAGGCGUCUACAGGAGCUGGAGCAGCUGAUCUCUGCAAGCCGGGAGGAGGAGCUCGCAUGUGAGCUGAAGCUAAGCUGCCUUCUGGACAUUGUUGAUGACUGAGUGUCAUGUGACCCACCUGAUGUCUGCCGUUGACUGCCACAAGUUGUCUCUCUUAUGCCUGAUUUCUGCAGUAUAUUUAGUUGUGUGGUACUUGUGCAUAUAUUGCUUUGAAGAGUAUGAUGUACAGUAAUUUACACAACAUUGGGAGUGUUGUAACUGGGGGAAAAACAUGUCAUAGGAAAUGGACAGUUUUUUAGGGUUUUUUUUUUGUGCAAAUUUUAAAUAUUAAAAUGUUAUUGUAUUUAGAAACCCAUGGCUAUUUCUUUGUUUUUUUUCCAUCAUGAAACUUUGUUUAUUGUACUUUUAAAUUGAAUCACAAUUUGCUGCAGAAUCUUUAAAACCUGUGACGUUAUUUGCCCAUAUUAUACACUCAUACGUGGGGUUGUUACUGCUGUUUCUUUAACCUUGUGUAUUGUUGGUCAAAAUUAACAAUUUAGGUAAUAUCUGCAUUGUACACCAUUGCAAAAGUAUGUCUUUUUUUAGAUUCUUAAAGAAAGUUCAUGUAAUUGCUUAGUGAACUGCUGUGAUCUUCAGUUCAGUCUGCCACUGAGUUCCUUUUAUAAACUGGCUGGCUGGUUUUUAAGAAAAUAUGCCCGUGGAUGCCCUACAGGUGGCAGCAGGGAGCCAUCUGCAUAUGUACAGACAGUCUGCUGGUUAAGAAUAUUCGACUGACUUGAUGUAGCUAAGAUAUUUUACAUUUAAAAGCAGAUGGCCAUAGAUCCUAUCAUACUAAUUUAGUUUAAAACUAUUUUUAAUAUCAAACAUAUGCAUUACUUUAUGAUGCUCAUGAAAACAUCACCCUGCUUUAUUCUUUCGUGGGCUUGAGGUACAGUACUGUAUGCAGUUAUUUUUAAUAUUACUGUACUAUAAUGUUCUGUAGUAUUACUCUUCUCACACCAAUAAAUUUGACUUUAAGACUGA